AGCAGCACUGAUGAGGCAAACUAAAACCAGCUAUCAUCUUUGCGCAGACUACUCAGUUCAUUCCAUUCCAGUCUAUUAAUAUUCCUUCCUAUUUAUACACUGGCUCCUUGCAGCAUUGUAGAAGAGCUACAGCUGCCAAGCUGAAGUGAAAUAAAGGUCCUGGUAACCAUUUGGAGAAAGUGAUCACUGGAAAGAGACUGAAAGAAAUGUGUCAUAAGUAGAUAGUGCGGAGACGCUGGCACAGCAGGCCUGAUGGAUCAUAACUGAAGCACACAAGAACAGCAGGUCAAUAUUCUUACUGCAGAGGCAAGGCUGUCUCAAAUUGUUGCUAGAACUGCAUGCUCAGCAGCAUAAAUAACAGCCAGCAAGGACACUGGUAGAAGGAUAUGAAGCUUAUGCAUGCUGGUCUUCAAGCAUAAUUAUCUAGCAUCAAGCAGGGAUUUAACAACAGACAUACCACAGACAACCUGAGCAGGAGUGCUGGAGGAUCUGAACUUGAGGAUGGAGAACUCGGGAGGAACGUACCUGAACAUGGCUGCAGUGACCUCUAGGGUGGGUGUUGCUCGACUGCUGCAGGCAGUGUUUGGAUGUACCACGUUCAGCCUUGUGGCUCACCGAGGGGGAUUCAACGCAGCCUACGGCACGUUCUGUAUGGCUGUCUGGUGUUUCUGUUUUGCUGUCACCAUUUUUAUCAUCACUUGUGAGUUCACGCGCCUCCACAACUGCCUGAGCAUCUCUUGGGGGAAUUUCACAGCUGCUUUUGCCAUGUUGGCCACUCUUCUGUCCAUCACAACUGCUGUCAUCUAUCCACUCAAUUUUGUACAAUUCAGCUGCCAUCCCAUCGGGUGUGAGAUGAGAGACUUUCGCAUAUCGGCUAGUGUUUUUGCUGGGCUUCUGUUUUUUGCGUAUGCCACAGAGGUAUUUCUGACUAGGGCCAAACCAGGACGGGUGACCAGCUACAUGGCCACAGUUUCUGGCCUCUUGAAAAUUGUCCAGGCUUUUGUCGCUUGCAUCAUUUUUGGAGCACUAGUGAACGACAGCCAGUACGAUAAGUAUGUGGCCAGACAGUGGUGCGUGGCUGUUUACAGCUUCUGUUUUAUCCUGACCGUGGUUGUGGUGAGCUUCAAUGUCACAGGAAGGACAGCAACACUGAGGUGCCCCUUUGAACGCUUUGUGGCCAUUUACACAUUUGUGGCUGUCCUGAUGUACGUGAGCGCUUCAGUGAUCUGGCCAGUGUUCUGCUUUGACCGGAAGUACGGCUCUCCGCACCGCCCUUAUCAGUGUUCCAAAGGCAAGUGCCCCUGGGACAGUCAGGUGGUGAUUGCGGUGUUCACAUACGUGAAUCUAGUGCUUUACAUUGCAGAUUUAGCAUACUCACAGCGUAUUCGCUUUGUUUCACACCAUUGAAAGCCGGUCCCAAUGCUGCAAAGUUGUCAUGGACCAGAACAGCAGCAGGUUAGGAAUGCUGACAUUCAGGGUUACCAAGGAAUUAAAAAUGAUCAAAAGACUGUGGUUGAGAAGAGGCCAAUCACCAAAAAAACAUGGAAUGGUUGGAUAACAGGUAAGAAAAAGAUCAUAUACAACCUCAAAGGAAGAAAGAUUUUUUUCUAGAUGUCAUCAACUGCUUAAUUCUCUCUCAUCCAGACAGGGAAUACAGCAGAGCAGCGAAAGCCUCAUAAUUCUAGUACAUGCAUAGACUUAUUGCAACAACAGCAGUAAGACAUAAUGUUAAGAGUGGUUUUGAACUGUAUUCAAGGACUACUGGGGGAGUGCAAAGUUACAGCAGCCACAGAAAUGCACAUCUACAACAGCAACAGCAUCUGCCAAAAUUCCAAAUCAAAUAUUGUAUUUGUGUUAAAGCGAAAGUUCUGUGUAAACUGGCAAGAUUCUGCAGGAAGGGAGGAAAUAUUACUACAAUAAUAAUGAAGAUUUCAAGAAUGAGAACCUCUUUCUAGAAGAUGGAAUAACUAUUUCCUUAUGCAUGUACUUGGUAGUGAAUGGUAGGGAGAUUUGUGUUGGGCAGAGACUGAGAGGCAAAGUAUACUGUCAAGUCUGUUACUGAAAAUGGGGUCAGGAAAGGCUGCUGUGGAUAGAAGCCCCCCAAAUAAUUUCCAGAUUGAUUUUCUGUAAGUUUCUUAAAGAAGCAUCUGAGCAUACCUGAUGUUUGCCCAAAGAAACUGUGGUUACACAUACAACAUUAGCCUUUGAAUCUGUUACACAGAAAAAGUGUUUUUUUUUUUCCUUUCAGGAGUUAGGCAACAGAUUUGGUUUAAUUUCUCAGCAAGCUUUGCAUUGAAAACUGUGCAUAUUAAUUCAUCAUUUAGAAGAUGUCCUAGAAUCUUAUGUUCCUUUGCAAUGCAAAAAGGACACGAAUAACAUUUUAAUAAAUCUAGCUAAGUGCCUGUUGCUGCACCUGAUCUCAGAAUGUGCUGAUCAUUGGUUUGCAACUGAGAAGCUACACAGGUGCGAAAAAUUCUGGUAAUCUCCAGUGGUAUGGAUUAGGAUCUGCACCUGAUUCUCCUCAACCAAAGACCUUUUCAAAGCUAAGAAGAAACCAAAGCAAGGUGUUUGUGAAGACUGCUCAUCUGUACGUGGGGUUUGAUUCCAAUCCAGAAAUAAAAAUAGCAAACCAGCAUAAAUAAUCAGGAGUUCCUUAAUAGAACUAAGGUAAACAGACACACAAAGCUUUUAUACCUAACUUACCCUACCACUGUACAUUUAUGCAUCCAUUGUCCUCUUUGCUGAAUCUGUUGAAUGGCCAACCCUUCCAUCCCCUAUCACUACUAUGUAUAUCCUCCUCCUAAACAUGAAAGCAUGAAUCAUGUCUUCCCACUGGAAACAGUUCUUUCUGUCUAGAUAUGUACAGCACUUUUUGUAGGGGUGGUGAUGGUGGUAUCUGAAUGCCUUUGCCUUGUCUAGCAUAAAUCAGAUGCUAAUAAUAUAACUGAGGCUCUUUCCAUCCUAAUCAUAAUAUAAUUAAUAUAAUAAUAUGAUAGAGCCUGUUACACCUUGACUUCCUUAUAGCUGCGCUAUUUUGGGGAACAUCCAUGUGCUUUUCACUUUUGUCCUUCCUGCUUCUGUGCU